UCUGUAUGAGACAAAGUGCUUAAACAUUUAAGUUGGCUUUGUUAUAGUUUUGUUGUAGCUGCUAGUCUGUGUAUAUUUCUGACUUCCCCUUUCUUGUAAUUUUAGUGAAAGAUGACAUUUAAGAAAGACUUUAAGCAACAAAUGGUGCCUGAGUGGGAGAAAGAAUACAUGGAUUAUGAAGGCCUCAAAAGAAUAUUGAAAGAGAUGAAAAGUAGGAAACAAACUAAANACAACAGGUCAUUGCAGCACAGACUGAAACUUGAAAGAGCAUUCAGUGGACUUCACUUGCAAGGUAGCAAUCACAAGAGAGAGGAGGAUAAUGAAGAACAGGUUAUAGAAGUUAAGACAUUAGAAGAAGAAGGUGGUUCCAAACAGUCAUAUAAGACUAACUUUCACAAGCUCAAUGAAGAAGGAGGAGAAGCUGAGGCAAGACUCUUUCAAAAGCUUGAUGAAGAGCUCAACAAGGUCAAUGCAUUUUACAAGGAUCAGGUGGAAGCAGCCAACCAUGAAUCCAACCUUUUGAGUAAACAGGUGGAGGCUUUGGUUGCUCUAAGAGUAAAGGUCAAAAGUCCUGAUGUAGAGUUGAUGCAGAUUGUCUCCUCACCUAAAGAGACUGCUGAUCAAAAUCAUCAGCAAAAAGAUUCUAUGAUAGGCCCUGAAGUUGAUCCUGUUCAACAAACCAAUAGAAAUAUUCAUCAUCAUGAGGAGCAAGCAGAAGCACACAAUAAUUACAACAGAAGAGAUCCCUUGGAAAUCCUUGAGCAUGUAAAGGUUGAUGAUUCUCUUCAAUGUCCAAAAUCAACAAUUAAAAAAGCUUUUACUGAUUCCAGUGAUAAUGAAUUGAGCAUCAGCAAAGAGGAGCUGAAAAAAAUUGAAAAGCAACUAAGACUUGUGUUUGUUGAGUUCUAUCAGAAACUCCUCCAUCUCAAAGACUACAGUUUUAUGAACCUGUCAGCAUUUUCCAAGAUCAUGAAGACCUAUGAAAAGCGUACAUCAAGGGCAGCAUCUACAGUCUACAUGAAAGUAGUGGAUAAUUCUUAUCUGGGAAGUUCUGAUGAGGUUAAUUUUCUAUUGGAGAAAGUAGAGUCUACCUUCAUCAGAAACUUCACACGCUCAAAUCACAAAAAGGGGAGGAAGUUAUUAAGACAAAAAGCAAAAACAGAAAAGCAAAGCAUAACAUUUAUCACAGGUUUCUUUUCUGGUUGCUUUGUUGCUCUAUUGGUUGCUACCAUAUUUAGAAUAACAUCUCAGCAAUUCAUAAAGAAGAAGGGGACAUCUUACAUGGAAAACAUUUUCCCACUGUACAGUCUUUUUGGAUAUAUCACUCUACAUAUGCUUGUGUAUGCUGCAAACACAUAUUAUUGGAAGCGUUAUCGGGUCAAUUAUCCAUUCUUAUUUGGCGUCAGGGCUGGAACUGAAUUGGACUACAGAGAAAUUUUCCUUCUGACCUCUGGUCAUGCAGUGGUAGCACUUUUAUGUUUCUUGAUAAAUUUGCAGAUUGAAAUGAACUCAAGGAGUCAACAGUAUAAGACAGUCACUGAAAUUGUUCCUCUGAUCUUAGUCGUUCUAGUUCUUUUGAUUACCUUUUGCCCUCUCAACAUCAUAUAUCGCUCAAGUCGUUUCUUCUUUAUCCGAUGCUUAUUUCGCUGUAUAUGUGCUCCUGUUUUCAAGGUUCGUCUUGCAGAUUUCUUCUUGGCUGACCAGCUUACUAGCCAGGUCCAAGCAUUCAAGAGUGUGGAGCUUUACAUAUGCUAUUAUGGGCUUGGAGAAGACUCAAGGAGGCAAAAGAAAUGUCAAACUCAUGGUAUCUAUAACAUACAGUAUUUCAUCGUUGGCAUCAUUCCUUAUUGGUUUCGGCUAGCACAGUGCAUGCGUCAAUUCUAUGAAGAGGGAGACAUCAACCGUGCAUUCAAUAGUUUAAAUUAUCUAUCAACAAUUACUGCCAUGGUCUUUCGGACAGCCUUUGAACUAAAGAAGGGAAGAAGUUGGAAAGUGUUGGCAUUGGUAACUUCAGCACUGGCAGUUCUUCAGAACACAUAUUGGGACAUUGUUAAGGACUGGGGGCUCCUGCAAAGGCUUUCAAAGAACCCCUAUUUGAGAGAUAAACUAAUACUUCCCCAUAGAAGUAUCUAUUUCAUAGCCAUGGUUGUGGACAUAGCUCUUAGAAUUUCAUGGAUGCAAUUGGUGUUUGAAAUGAAUUGGAGUCCCCUUCGUAAAGUGACAAUGAUUACAGUUACUUCCUGCCUUGAGAUUGUUCGUCGAGGCAUUUGGAACUUCUUCAGGUUGGAGAACGAACACUUGAACAAUGUUGGAAACUACCGUGCCUUCAAAUCCGUUCCUCAUCCUUUCAGUUACUACGAUGAGGAAAAGGACAAGAAUGAGUAGGACAAGGAUGAUCUGGUCAGAAGGGACAGUUCUGCUUUUCGUUACGAAACAUCUAUAAUUUUAGAAAAAAAAAAAAUCAUUAUUGUUAAGAUAUCCUAAAUAUUCUAUUAAAGGAUAUUAGGCAAUUAAAUAUUGUAUUAGUUAUAAUUUAAAUUUUAUUUUAAUUUGUGCAGAUUUGUG